AUGUCUUUAGCUGCCCUUCACGGCGCAAAACAUGGCCAGCUGUAUGCAACAUUCUCGCGACCCACAGUUGUUUUGGAACACUCAAGUCACAUCAAAGAUGUUACUUGUGGUAAUGGAAAAAUUGAAGUAUGUUUUGCUCCCGACGCAUACCCAACUGUGGAAAGAGAAUGGAGCAAGUUUGACAGCAGAUCAUUCAAUCUCAUCACCUACCAUGUUGGGUGCGGUCACCUUACUGGAGAGUACCGCUCUUUCUUCAUUACAUCCAAUCCUGUUUUUGAGGGAAAUUGUGUCACUGUUCUCGCCGAGCUCACGGACGAGCAGGAAGAGAUUCAGGAAGGAAGGCUGAACUGGGGAACAUAUCAACACCCGAAUAUUGUUAAACGUGCUCCAGUAUUGGGACAUGUUAAGGUCGAUAAAGCAGACCCACAGAUGCAGAUGCAGGACCUGGUGAAUUCGGGCUUUUUUAUAAACCGCACCGCAGGAAUGGACGAUCUCACCAAAGAUGACAUGGCCGUCAAAGAUUUCUUUGGUACUGAUUCUAUAAACACUGACAUUCCAGAUGAAUAUGAGAUGGGCCUUGGCUAUCUUUCAGAUGAGGAAUAUGCCGAGUUGGCAGUUAUUGGUCUUAUUGAAAGGACUCGCCAGCUUAUUGAGAUAGCUGUCAAGGUCAUCAUUGCGAUAGCAGUGAUCACUGUGAAAUUGUUGAUGGUUCCUUUUGGGUUCCCAUUUGAGCAAGGGUAUUAUGCCGAUAUCGCUUUUGAUCAGAGAACGGGUGGGCAAAAGUUGGGAACGGAUCUAGGCAGCUCUCUUGGAGGGACGAGCAACAACUUUGUUCUCUCUAAGCCUGGUGCAGCUGUGCUGAUGGAAUGUGAAAGUUGUGGAGCCAAGGCAAGCUUUAGUUUUGGUGGAGAGCUGGCGUUUAGCAUCAGCAAAGGUAUUUAUAAGGCGCAGGUGUCCUUCAUCAACCACGAGGCUUUUGUUUUUGACGCGAUCUAUGGUAUAACUGUUGACGCGAAGAAAUUUAAGGAUAAAAGCUCAAAAGGUAAACUUAAGACGACAAUCGAGAAAGAGCUAUUUGCACUUCCAUUCUUCGCCAUCAAGAUUCCUAAGAUUAUCACUAUUGGACCUCAGGCAGUCGUUAAUGCCGCCGCCAGUGUCUAUGUCGAUGCUCAUUGUGAGCUACGCGCAGGUGCAAGGUUCUCAAUCGCUGCAGGAGAGGUAAUCCUGGAUGCUAUGGAACCCGAGAGAAAUAAAGCAUCAGGCUUUACACCAAGUCUCGAGCCAAUUUUCGAGGUCAAAAAGGGAAGCGUCGUCGCUACAGCGGAUCUCGCACUACCGGUAGGAGUUGAGGUCGCUUUAGAUAUUCUCGGCGGCACCUGGAAGAAAUCUGUCGGCGUCUAUACGGCUCCUUCUGUAUACUUCACUGCGGGGCUCUCCUCUGGCGAAGGGCAUGCUUGUGACAAAGGAGUUGAGCUACGAGUCGGAGCCAAGAACCGGGUCUAUACAUCCGCGCUCGGUCUAUGGGAAUAUGAGUUCAAGAAACUGGGAAAAACGUUCUAUGAAACAGGUCUCGGCUGUCUCUCGUAA